AUGAGUGAUGUGAACAACUACAAUGAAAAUGCUUCUGACGAGAGAGACGUCAGUCAAGAAUAUGAGCAAAGUGCUUUUGAUAAGUUGAUAAGUACUCUAUUGUGCAGAGGAGACUUCGCAGAGCAAAAACUCGAAGCACCGCCAAUAUCAUUUUUGAAGUUGUUCCGCUUUGCAUCGUUUUCCGAUAAAAUUCUUAUCACCGUUUCGAUAAUUCUGGCCGUUUUAUGCGGUAUUGGACAACCGUUGGUCGUGUUGAUUGGCGGUCGUCUUACCAAUACUUUACUGAAAACUAAACAGGUCAAUAUUUGA